AUGGCUCUACUCGCGCCGAAAAGUCAGUAUGUCCACGGCGGUUCACUCCUCCAUGCUACACCUCCCACGAGUUCAGCUCUUUCUCAAGCUUCCCCAACAAAUUCUGAAUUUUCUGACGGUACGGGUGUAUUAGAUGAUAUUCGGUAAGGCGAACUCCGUAGUUGCAUUUGUUGCAGUAUUAACUGUUUCGCAGGUCUUGGGAUGAGCGAAAGGUUGGUGGUUGGCUGCGAGAUAUUGGUUGCUCGAAAUAUGAGAGUGAUUUUUCGAGUAGGUCUCGUCCGAGGGCACGAACCCGGCGAUCCGUCGUGGUGGCUAAUGAGGGGAUUUGGUUUUAGGUAAUAAUAUCAACGGGGAGGCUUUGUUGGAGUGCGAUCAUUCGGUCCUCAAGGAAUUGGGAAUAAAAAAGGUCGGGGAUCGUGUGCGAAUAUUUGUUGCGAUAAAGGCCCUGAGAACGAAGGCGUAUGGGAAUGGCAAAAAGCGUAAUAGGGUACGUUUCCAGGAGUUGGGGUGAUGCGUCGAGUGUGUGCUUACAAGCUCUUCAGGAUACCUUGGCUGCUCUUGACAACAUGAACGGAAUGCCACCAUACCGUGCUCCGACGCAGUCGCCCUACCAUCCGUCCCCCUCCCAGAGCAAUAAACGCUACUCACGGAGUCUUCAGAAUGACAUUUCUUCCACCCUCAAUAGCAGCUCAUAUAAUCGUCCCGAUAGUCCUAGUGACUCGGAAUACCCUCGGUCUUACCCGAGAAAUGGGAGCACUCGCAACAUUAUCAGUCCGCCGCUGGAAUCCGGUCGCUCAAACUUUGGUCCCCCAACUCCGGCUUCCGGUUCUUCUCACCCCACGAAAACACCUAGGACACCUUAUGACUACAGCAAACCUCAAGCGGCGGCCAAUUCCCCUCACCCUGUGAAGCCAACUCACAGGCAAUCUCCGAGUCUGGACAAGGGAAUUAUGGGUCAGGAUAAUGUCAGGCAGGUGAGUUUGAUGCCGAAGAGUUCCUCCCAUCUGGACCGCCCUGACUUUGAUUCGACAGGAUGCGAUCAAGGUUAUUGGUGAUGGUGGUCAAUAUCGUGUUAUUAACAUUAGUGAUUGCAACACUCCGGAGACACUGAUGCGUAAAGUUAUUAAGAAAUUUGGUAUCAUGGAUCAUUGGCCGAGCUGGGGCAUAUAUAAUAUUGUGGAUGAGAAUGGGAAAGAUGCGGCCAGAUGCCUCAGCGAUGCUGAGCUGCUUCGGAUAGCCCAUGAUGUCAAUCGACCGGAGCGUACAAGGCUUAUAUUGGGGAAAAAGGUGUCUCCACCGCUACCUUUGUCCACCGAGUUUCGUGUCGCCCAGCAAAUUGCGAGGGAGCAGCAGGAUAUGGCACACAAAAAUUCUUCGGCGGAGGCUAUCUAUGGGAACGCAAGCAAUCCCAAGGUCAAGGCCUUGGUUGGGCCGGAUCUCCGUGAUAUCCCGUCGUCCCCUAUGAGCGUUUCAAGCCAGCUUUCCCCGGUUUCUGCUACUGCCACAGAUCCAGCCUCGCCUAGAAGCCGGGAUUCGGGACCUAGCCGCAAGGCAUCAAAGAAGAUCACAGCCUUCUUUGGGCAGCGCCCGCCUAGUGAGUUGAUCAGUUCAAAUCUAGCCGAGUAUUUCCCGGAUCAUGAACACAAGGUUUUGGAGAGGACUGUCCGCAACUCAAUAAGACGCUCCACUAGGAUGAGCAGAUACAAUCGUUUCAGUGUUGCCACUACCAGGAGCUAUGCGUCAAGUCUAAGUGAUGCCCCACCCGUUCCAAGUGUUGGAGAUGCUUGGUUGAACGCUAGUCCCGUUUCAGCCAUGCCAAAUAUUCCUAGCAGGGUCACGAGGCCACUGUCGAUCCGGAGGUCGUUCUUGCCAUCAACGUCCUUUUCCGAUAAUCGGGAUUCUCUUGGGGCUGUCCCGGAGGAUGGGGAGUCGUCGCCUAUGGGCUCUGGGAGGAAGAGCUAUAUGUCUUUUGAUGGCGGUAAGGAGGGUUCUAUUCGAGAUUCUGUCAAUGUUGUUGUCACCGAUACCGAUACCGGAAGUACCAUGGAGAGCUAUUUGGAUACUCAUAGCAACGUCUCUACUCCGGCCACUGAAGUUGACCCCCACGCGGCUAAUAUGCUCGACCAAUUCCUGAGCGCAGGGGAGUCGGAAGAAGAGGAGGAGGAGGGCGAGGAGGAAUACCAGGAAGACAGCUGGGGUGGUUUAAGGUGGAUGAAGGGAGCACUUAUUGGAGCCGGGUCCUUUGGAAGCGUUUUUCUGGCAUUGAAUGCCUUGACUGGAGAGCUUAUGGCUGUUAAGCAGGUCGAGAUGGCAUCCGGUGGCAAGGAAGACGCUAGGAAGCGGAGCAUGGUGGAGGCUCUGCAGAGGGAAAUUGAGCUUCUUAAGGAUCUUCAGCACCCCAACAUUGUCCAGUAUCUUGGAUCCAGCGACGAGGAUGAUUCACUCAACAUUUUCCUGGAAUACGUUCCUGGAGGAUCUGUGGCGGCUCUACUGAACACCUAUGGUCCACAGAAGGAGCCGCUUAUCCGCAACUUUGUCCGUCAGAUCCUUACUGGCCUUGCUUAUCUCCACAACAAAGACAUCAUCCAUCGCGAUAUCAAGGGUGCGAAUGUUCUGGUUGACAACAAGGGUGGUAUCAAAAUCUCUGAUUUCGGUAUUUCCAAGAAAGUCGAGGCUGGCCUUCUCACCUCGUCGAGCCAUAGGCCUUCUCUGCAGGGGUCGGUUUUCUGGAUGGCUCCGGAAGUUGUUAAGCAGACCUCUUAUACUCUCAAGGCCGAUAUCUGGUCACUUGGAUGCCUUAUUGUCGAGAUGUUCACUGGAACUCAUCCUUAUCCCGAUUGUUCUCAGCUGCAAGCCAUCUUCAAGAUUGGUACCGGGGGAUCUGCGCCAGCCAUCCCCCCAAAGUGUUCGGCGGAAGCAAAACAGUUUCUUUCUCGUACCUUUGAGUUGGACCAUGUCCGGCGGCCUACGGCCGACGAGUUAUUGCUUAACCCCUUCUUGAAUCCGAUGGUUGGC